UACCUCUUUGGCCGAAAGAGGCCCCGGCCUUCCUGUUCGGCGUGGGCAUCCCUCCGCGUGCGCGCGCCCGCGAUGGGGCUGCUCAGCAUCCUGAAGAAGAUGCGGCAGAAGGAGCGGGAGCUGCGGCUGCUGAUGCUGGGCCUGGACAACGCCGGCAAAACGACGAUCCUGAAGAAGUUCAACGGCGACGAGAUCGACACCAUCUCGCCCACGCUGGGCUUCAACAUCAAGACGCUGGAGCAUCGCGGGUUCAAGUUGAACAUCUGGGACGUGGGGGGCCAGAAGUCCCUGCGCUCCUACUGGCGGAACUACUUCGAGAGCACGGAUGGCCUCAUCUGGGUGGUGGACAGUGCCGACCGGCAGCGCCUGGAGGACUGCAAGCGGGAGCUCCAGAGCCUCCUGGUGGAGGAGCGCCUGGCUGGGGCCACAUUGCUCAUCUUUGCCAACAAGCAGGACCUGCCCGGGGCCCUGAGCUCCACCGCCAUCCAAGAGGCCUUGGACCUUGACAGCAUCCAGAGCCACCACUGGUGCAUCCAAGGCUGCAGUGCCUACACUGGCGAGAACCUGCUGGCGGGCAUCGACUGGCUGCUGGAUGAUAUCUCUAGCCGUAUAUUCACAGCGGACUAAGGGAGGGGAGGGGACAGGUGCACCCCCACCCCACCCCCUUCCACCCCCUUUGCAUGGCUAGUAACAUGAACUUUUUUUUCUCGAGGUGGCUACGGGCCUUGUUUUCUUUUUGUCUUUUGUCAAAGAGGGCCAUGCCCUAUCCAAACUGCUCAGCUGUAGGCCAAGAGUGCCACCCAGCCACCCCGUGUUUCUGCUGCAAGUCCUUGUGUUCGGGCCCCGCCUGUGGGGGGCAAUGAAAGUGUACGUCACGGUCUCUCCACCACCGCCGUUUGCUGUACGGGGUUAUAUGAAGAACAGAUACUAAUAAAGCUGUUGUUGUGGUUCAAA